UGAUUUUCUAAUAAUAAAGAAAAAAUCAUCAAAAUGUCAAAAUUGGGUACUUUUGGUGUUAAAAUCGAUCAUAAUUCAAGAAUGAAAGGCGAUGGAGAAAAGAUAGAACUACUAAAUUUUCUCUUAUUAUAAGUAACAUUACGAAAUACGUGUCUUUAGUUAUUUAAGUUUUUUAUGAAGUAGUUCAACACUUGGCACAAAGAGAUUAGGUGAUUCCCCUAAAUCUCCUAGUACCGUUUCGAUUACUAAGUGAAUGUCUAUUAAAAAUGUUGUAUUUAUUUAGUUUAUGGUAGAAACUGUUUACAUUUUCUAUAAUUUUCCUAGAAAAAAUAAUUACUACCUUUUCUAGCUUUGGUAAAUCCCGUAUCCUCGAGUUAUUUAAAUGGAGGAUUUUUCCUGGCGUAAGAAUUAUUUUAGGCCUUUUUAUUUUUUGUGAAAUAGCUCUUAUACCCGGAGUGACCCGGAGAAAAUAUCUAAUAAACCGAAGCCCCGAGACCAUAUGUCAAAAUCCGGAGUCUCUGGGUCUAUCUUAUCUAUCUUGUAUUGACUUCUAUUUCCAAGUUAGUUUCCCGUUGAUAUGAAAUCGCAAGUACUUGAAGCUCUCCACAUACCUCACAGGGCUAGCUCAAUGAUUGGACAAUGUAUUUUUCUUUUUUUAGUGAAAAGAACUGCUUGUUGUUUGUCUAGAAAAGAUUUUACAACCUCUAGUGCUCGAUUCAUGUGAUUUUCCAUUUCAAUGUUAGCAGAAGUACAAUAUAAUACUAAAUCAUCUCAUAAUUUUUUUUAAAUUCCUCAAAUUAUAAAAAAACUAAAUUUGAGGUUAAUUUUUUUAUGGAAUGAUAAAAUUUUUAAUAAUUUAAGCAAAAUUAAAACAAUGGUUAUCUUAUCGAUUUCUCUAAAACCUGAUAAUAUUCAUAAAUUUUAUCAGUUUUAUUAUAAAAUAAAUUUUAUAAUAGUUAUAAUUCGUUUAUCGUUCUAAUAACAUCAGUAUGAACGAAGAAUAUGAAACCUACGAUAAAUACUUUAUUUAUUUUUUCUACUUUCUAAUUAUUUACAUCUUUUAUACUUACCGAUUUUAUUAUUUUUCUUUAAAAAAUGUGCCCAUUUUAAAUCCAACGAUCCCUUUUGGUGAUUUAAAGAAAAUUUUUAAACCAAAGAAACCCCGCUUCGAAUAUUUUCAAGAGUAUUAUAACAAAUUUAAAUUGAGGGGGCACAAACACGGUGGAAUUUUUAUGUUUUUUAAACCAUAUUACGUUCCUGUUGAUUUAAAUUAUGUUGAGGCGAUUUUGGGGAAAGAUUUCGAUAAGUUUAGUUCGAGGGGAUUUAAUGUUAAAUCGAAUAAAAUUAAUGAUAAUUUAUUUAAUUUAAACGGCGAAAAAUGGAAAAUUUUAAGGGUUAAAACGACGAAGAUUUUAUUGAGGGAUAACAUUAAAAGAUAUCUUCCAAACGUUGAAAAAGUAUUAACGAAUUUCACGAAAUAUUUAGAUAAAAACGACCAAAAAACGAUUAUAAUUCAAGAAAUUAACAAGAAUUUUAGUUUAGAUUUAAUAGCAAACUUAUAUUUUGGUAUCGAUUUAAACAAUUUCAUCGAAAAAAAUCGUGUGUUUGAAAAGAAUGUUUUAGCACUCCACAAAAAGUCUUUGUAUAAUUCAAAAUUUUAUAUUUUUUCGUUUUUAUUUCCAUAUUUAUUCAAACUUGAUACAUUCCCAAAGAAAACUGUUAAAUACUUUAAAAAAUCGUUAGACGAAACGAUUGAUUUUCGCGAAACAAAUCAAAUCAAAAAGAACGACAUCCUCCAAGUCAUUUUAGAAGAAAAUAAAGACUUAAAAAUUGAUGAAAUCGUCUCCCAGUGUCUUUUACUCAUAACUUUUACCAAUGAAACAAUUUCAAACACAUUAAACUUUCUUAUCUUUGAACUAUCAAGAAAUCUUCACGUUCAAGACAAAUUAAGAGAAGAAAUCCAAGAAAAAGUCGCUCAAAAUGAAUUAAAUUGUGAUCUUAUUAACCAAAUGGAUUAUUUAAAUCAAGUUUUAAACGAAACAUUAAGAUUAUACCCAAUCAUUCCAACAAUCAUAAGAAAUUCAAUGAAAGAUUAUCAACUUCCCGGUGAUAAAAAUGAAGAGACUUUAAGUGCAGGAACCGGAGUGUUAAUUUCAAUUUUGGGGAUUCAUAAGGACCCGGAAAUUUACGAAAAUCCAGAUCAAUUUAUCCCGGAACGAUUUGCCGAAGAAAACUGUGUAAACAGACAUCAUUAUGCUUUUUUGCCUUUCGGGGAAGGACCGAGAUUGUGCCCGGCGAUACAAUUUUCUAAAAUGAUACUAAAAGUCACCUUGAUAACUUUAAUAAGGAGAUUUAGAUUUGUUUUGGAUACUAGUAAAACGAAAAAUUUGGCUUUUAAUAAAGGCUCGGUGGUAAUGAGACCGAAAAAUUCUUUGUAUGUUAGAGUUGAAAAGUUGUGUUAAAUGUAAAUUAUAUUAAUAAAGGGUUUUUUAAUGAA